UCUCUCUCUCUCUCUCUCUCACACACAAUGCGGCUUUAAUUUGAAAAUCUUCUCCGACUUUCGACUUGGGAGCCAGCGGACACCAAAUUCCCUGUGGCUGUGUACUGGAUUGAAUCUUCCGCCGGCAGCAAAUCGGAAGCCACCUGUAAGACUUCUCGCUUCCUUCCCGUGGAUUAUUGACUCUGAAAUGGCUACAAGAACAACCUAUCUUGAAGAGAUCCGGAGUAAACCUGAAAUGAUGAACCCCCGGGAUGAAGAUUUGACAGAAGUGGCUCAACAAGUUGAGGAAAAUGCAGUGAAACCAGUGAAUGUUUCCAGCAGUGUUCAUGAACUUUUAGAAUGCCCUGUGUGCUCAAGUGCCAUGUAUCCUCCCAUCCAUCAGUGUUCAAAUGGUCAUACUCUUUGUUCAGCUUGCAAGCCCAGGGUGCAUAACAGGUGCCCCACUUGCAGACACGAGUUAGGAAACAUAAGAUGCCUUGCUUUGGAAAAAAUUGCUGCAUCGCUUGAGCUUCCAUGUAAAUACCAGAGUUUUGGUUGUGUGGGAAUCUUCCCUUACUACAACAAGUUGAAACAUGAAUCCCAAUGUGUGUUCAAACCCUAUAACUGCCCUUAUGCUGGAUCUGAGUGCACUGUGACUGGCGAUAUUCCUGAUCUGGUGGCCCAUUUGAAAGACGAUCACAAGGUUGAUAUGCAUAGUGGAAGCGCUUUCAACCAUCGCUAUGUCAAGUCAAAUCCACAUGAAGUUGAGAAUGCUACUUGGAUGCUUACGGUUUUCAGUUGCUUCGGACAAUAUUUCUGUUUACAUUUCGAAGCUUUUCAGCAUGGUUCAGCUCCUUUAUACAUCGCGUUUCUAAGAUUUAUGGGCGACGAUAACGAGGCAAAGAAUUACAGCUACAGUCUUGAAGUUGGAGGAAACGGUAGGAAAGUGACUUGGCAAGGUGUGCCUAGAAGUAUUCGCGACAGCCAUAGAAAAGUUCGCGACAGUUUUGAUGGUCUCAUUAUUCAACGUAGUAUGGCUCUUUUCUUCUCUGGGGGAGAUCAUAAAGAGUUGAAGCUCAGGGUUACUGGUAAAAUCUGGAAAGAGCAGUGACGGUUUAAAUCGGUUUGAAUAUAUUUUUGUUCUUUUUUUUUUCAAAUAUUUAUUCAUCGUUUCGAUGUAGAGUAUAGUAUGGGUGGUUGAAGAUUGAACGGUUACUUGUGCAAUGAUGAACACAAAAUAUAUUACAUGUGCUAGAUAUGAUGGAUAGAUUAUGUUAUAUAUAAUUUAUGUUGGAAGUUGG